AUGAUGCAAGAUUUACAAGAAAACGAAACUUUGUAUAAGUGCAAGUGGGGGCUUUGUCAAGAGGUGUUCUCCACGACUCGUCAACUAUGGAUGCACGUAGAAACUCAUGUCGUUGACGCGCAAACUCGCACCGUUGUCAUUCGACAACCUGAGAAAGAAGGAUCGAACGAGGUUGUAUCGUUAGAAAUAAUUCAGCCUAAGGCUCAAGAGAAUAUUACAUCAAAUAAUAUAAAUAGCGAGCUUUCAUCAAUGACAACAACGAACAACUUUAACGCGAAUCCAGAUAACUCAACAACCAGCCAACCAAAGUGUCAUAGUAGAAAGUUAAAAUAUAUAACAGACUCAAAACUACAAAAAUCAUCUUCUCAAUCACAAUUACCAAUUCCGGGAGUAAUGCCACAAGUGCCAGUUUCUUUGCAAAGCUCUACACAGUCACCUGAAGUUGCACGACCACAGCAAUCAAUGCUUUUACAAGAACCAAUGCAAAUUUCACAGAUUUCUCAGCCACAACAGUCGUUACAGCGAAUUCAAACGUCUGAAGUUUCUCACCCACAACAAUCAAUUUUGCAAUCGCAAAUGCCUGAAAUAUCUUCACAACAACAAUCAAUAUCGCCAAUUCAGAUGUCUGAAUCAAUGCAAUUGCAAUCGCAAAUGUUUGGGGUUUUACAACCACAAACAUCUGGAAAUCCACACUUUCAACAAACGGUAUCUCAAAUACAAUUGGCCAGACUUUUACAAUUGCAAUCACGGAAAUCUGUGGAAUCUCAAGUUUUUAUGAGUACUCAGCAAAUAAUCCCAACCCAACCACCUGCUGACCAUAUGCAAAAAUUGAUGGAAGCACAACAAUCUCAAGCAUUUGCACUACAAAACUUGAUGAAUAAUCAAUCAAAUUCACCUAGUGUAAUAGCUCCCGCCAAUAUUAUAUCAUCAUCGAUACCAAACACCUCUACCGUAAUCGGCUAUCAGCGAGUUCGCGUGAAUAAUAAUAGCAAAAUUCUUCACGACAUGAAUAAUGUCAGCAGCCAAGUUCUUCACGAUGUGAAUAAUGUCAGCCAAGUUCUUUUACCGAUAUUGAGUAAUAUGAAUAAUGGAAAUCAGAUAAGCCUUUCAACGACAUCAUUACAAACCGCACCUUCAAGAGUUUAUACACAGAGAUCAAGAACAUAUAUGUCGCGAUCGCAAUUGCCUUAUCCAUCCAUUAGACCUUUUGAUCCUCAACACGCUAUGCAGAACACACAAAAUAUUCAAAUGCCAAUCCAACAUAAUAAUGUCACAACGCCGGUGAUGAAUAACUUGAAUUCAUCGAGGCCAAAUUUACACCAUUAUGUUGGACCAAUGGCACAAAACACAAAUAAUGUAAUUCAUCACACUCGAAGCUCGUCGUAA